AGUCUUUAUAUUCAAAGCAUAAACUUUAGCAACCACUGCAUCUCUCUUAUUUCACUCCAUCAAAUUCAACCAGUUGCCUCCCUCAACUUCCCAAUCUCCACACAACUUUUCUCUUUCAAAGACAAGAAAAAAAAACAUAAGAUUUUCGCCUCGAUCAAUAUCUACUCAUUCGAUCAAUUUCUUCCAUCAAAUUUCCAAUGCAAGUCGAAGAUUUUUUCUCAAAAACCACAGAUUCCAUGCCAUCACCGGCGACCACCACAACCAGCUACAAUCUUCGCCGGAGCUCCGAGUAUUCCGCCGAACCCCACACCGAGCUGUCUCUCUCUAGCUCUUCAUCGCCGCCAUUAGUGCAUGGAGAAGCUUCUCAAACGAUUAAGGGAAAUGAGCAGAACAUGCUUAUGUGGAAGAUUCCGGUGAGGAGGAGUGUUACGGCGCCGAGGUUGAGGUGGACGAGUAGCCUGCAUGCCCGUUUUGUGCAUGCUGUAGAGUUACUUGGUGGACAUGCGAGAGCUACACCAAAAUCUGUUCUUGGACUUAUGGAUGUGAAAGAUCUUACUCUAGCCCAUGUCAAGAGCCAUUUACAGUGAUAAUCGAAUCUAUUGAUUAGUUAGUGAUGGGUUUAGAGAAAAUAUCAUGUGAAGCGAAUUGCACAUAUUGACAGUUUGAUUGCGAUCAAGCUACGGUGUAUGCGGACAAUUAUCUGGACAUACAAUCACUUCACGUAAUAUUUGUUUUUGAGUCCGACGAAGAGAAAAAUAUUACCUUUGGCAGAUUGCACGUCCCGAACAACGGUCGGGAUGCGGCUAUACAAUUGUUCAAGACAUGAUUGUUUAU